AUGGCCAUCCUUUACAACAACAGCCUUCAAAAAGCCACUUUUUUCCUGACGGGUUUUCAAGGUCUGGAAGAACUCCAUGGCUGGAUCUCCAUUCCUUUCUGCUCCAUCUACUUGACUGUUAUUUUAGGGAACAUUACCAUUCUGCACGUCAUCCGGACUGAUGCCACACUCCACGAACCCAUGUACUAUUUCUUGGCCAUGCUGGCCCUAACAGACUUGGGCCUUUGCCUCUCCACACUGCCCACUGUGCUGGGUAUCUUCUGGUUUGAUGCCCGAGAGAUUGGCAUCGCCGCCUGCUUUACUCAGCUCUUCUUCAUCCACACCUUGUCCCUGGUGGAGUCUUCAGUUUUACUGUCCAUGUCCUUCGACCGCUACGUGGCCAUCUGCAACCCGCUGCGUUACUCCACCAUCCUGACAUCCACGCGCAUCGUCAAGAUGGGGCUGAGCUCGGUGCUCAGGAGCGCAGUCCUCAUCCUCCCCUUGCCGUUCCUCCUCAAGCGCUUCCAAUAUUGCCGCAGCCAUGUGCUGGCCCACGCCUACUGUCUGCACCUAGAAAUCAUGAAGCUGGCCUGCUCCAGCAUCGUCGUCAAUCACAUCUACGGGCUCUUCGUCGUGGCCUGCACCGUGGGCGUGGACUCCUUGCUCAUCUUCCUCUCCUACGCGCUGAUCCUGCGCGCGGUGCUGGGCAAAGCCUCCCGCCGCGAGCGCCUGCGGACGCUCAACACCUGCGUCUCGCACGUCUGCGCCGUGCUGCUCUUCUACAUCCCCAUGAUUGGCUUGUCUCUUGUGCAUCGCUUCGGGGAGCAUCUGCCCCGCAUCGUGCACCUUCUAAUGUCCUAUGUGUACCUUUUGGUACCACCCCUCAUGAACCCCAUUGUCUACAGCAUCAAGACCAAGCAAAUUCGCCAGCGUAUUAUUAAAAAGUUUGAGUUUUUUAAGUCACUUAGAUGUUUACAGAAGAACUAG